AUGACCGCCAAGGCGGCCGACAAAAUCCCAGCCCCCCUCAGCGGGCUAGUGCACCUGCCCGAAAGCCUUUACCCCGCGGAAGACGUCGCCAGCGCCCUGCCAGCGUCGGUCAUCAGCUUUCCCAAUGGGGACCUGGGAGGACCCUUUGACCAGCUGAGCGAUGGCCUGAUCGGCGCGGACAUGAGUGACAAGCGAGCGCUGGAGUUGCAGUACGCCUGCAGCGGGUUCGCGCCGCCUCCGCGCAGCCAAUCCUUCACCUACAUGGGCAAGUUCUCCAUCGACCCUCAGUAUCCCGGCGCAGGCUGCUACGCGGCCGAUGGCAUCCUCAACUUGGUGAGCGCCGGCAUCCUGCAGGGAGUGGCGGCUUCGUCGACGGCAGCCCCGGCCUCGGCGAUGGCCGUUCCGUCGUCCACUGCCUCCGCCGGAUCCCCCAACGCGCCGGGAUGUGCCAUGGCGCUCGCCGCCGGGGAUCUGGAGCAUCUGUACUCGCCGCCGCCGCC